AUGCUCGUUGCGCAGGCCAGUGGCUCAUACCGCCAGAAGGAUAAGCAGCAGAGGGCUUUGGUUCAGAUCGAAGUGCAGACAGAUGGUCUUGCCAUCCUUGGCCCGGAAACGCUUCAAGCCAAGGAUGGACGCAUCCCACCAUCCAAACACGGGAACUUCAUAGCAAAGCCAUGUCUAACGAUUUUCCAAGCGGCCGCCUGCCCGCGCUUCGACGAAGGAGGGUGGGCUUAUUGGCUGAUUUUUUUGUCCACCUUGCGAUGUGUGGAGGAGGACGCAGAGGGAACCGAAAACACCGCUGCGUCACCCGGCAUCCAAACCGAAAGCGAGGAGGCUUCCAGCGCGAUCGUCGACGCCGACGGUGACGAUGCAGCCGAAGACGACCCAGGAGCUCUUGCCAUGGACGAGGGAUUGGACGUCUUCGUGCAGCGCAGCAGCGAGGCCUGGGUCAUCACUCCUCUGUCUGGGCACUUGCGCCUGGAAUUGAGGCCAAUGCCGGCGGAUGGCCUGCCGCCUGCAGGCAGUGAUGGUGUCAUCUGGCGUCUGGAUGACAAGGUUCUGGCUCAGGGCAUGGAGGAACAGUGGGAGGACGGUGAGGACUUUCCGUCGGCAGCGCGCCAAGACAAC